CGAUGAAUUAUUAGUUUUUUUAUUUUAAAAAGUAAGCCUCCAUUGUUGACUACUCUCUUGCGAUCAAAACAACCCCCGCAUUCCCUCCCAAAACCUUCCCAGUUCCCGCACGAAGCAAGUUUUUCUUACAGAGUUCAUAAAUGGCGGAAACUCUGCCAGUUUGGGAUACUGUAAUUGAGCUCACAAAGUCAUCGCGUGACCCCAUGCUUUGGGCGAUGCAACUCGGUUCCACUCUUAACUCAGCUGGGUUAACUCUACCCUCAGUAGAAUUGUCUCAUCUACUGGUAUCUCAAAUUUGCUUAAAUAAGAAUAAUUAUCUUAUUUGGAAGUUUCUCGACAUGGCUUUGGAUCUCAAAUUUGUUCCUUCUAUGCUCGUCCUGGCGAUGCUCUCCACCAGGGUUUUGUCAAGUAGACGUUCGAAUCCUGCCGCUUAUAGACUUUACAUGGAACUUCUUAAAAGAUACGGUUCUUCUUUUGCAUCUUUACUGCAUGAACGCCACCAUGAGAAAAUUUUGAACUCUAUAGAUGAGGCAUUACAUCUCUCAGAUGUUUUUGGAAUUGAAGCUUCUGAUCCUGCUGUUCUUUUACUGCUUGUUGUUUUUUCAAAUGUGUGGCAGUUGGUUGAUGCAACUUUGGAUGAUGAAAGAUUGUUGGAAUUUACUCCAGAUAAGAGUUCUAGAUGGCUGACUACAAUACAGGAUAUAGAAAUUGAUGAUAAUGGCCACUUUCUGGAAAAUAGAUCAGAGCACCGAGAGGCAAUGCUUAAAUCAAAUACCUCGAUGGCUUUCGAAAUGAUAGUAGAAUCUUUGCAGAGUAAAGUAACAUUGCAGAUUUUUUUCUUAGUGCGUCAAAAUAUGCCCUUGAUUUGGAAAGACUUCUAUCAACAUUUACAACUGCUUGCGUCAGAAUCAUCAGCCUUAAGGUGUUCCAAUCGAACAACUCCAGAAGUCUUUUCACAAAUGGUUUCUGAUGCAUGCAAACACCAGUGGCAAAGUAAAACUAGCCUACAGCACCUGUUUCAUGAUGUAAUGGAUGCUGGAUGCUAUGUACCAUCUGCUGUUCAAUGUCAUGGUGUAAGUCAUUCUUCUCUCUGGCUCCCAAUCGAUUUGUUUCUAGAAGAUGCCAUGGAGGGAGUAGUAGUGUCUCCGAAUAGUGCCAUAGAUUCACUUACUGGCAUGGUUAAAUCACUCCAAGCACUUUACAAUACAACAUGGUAUGACGCCUUCCUUGGCCUAUGGAUUGCAAAUUUACGCCUUGUUCAAAGGGAGAGGAAUGCUUGUGAAGGUCCUGUAGCUCGCCGCGACACUUGCUUGUGCAUGUUAUUAUCAAUUACACCUCUUGUGCUUCUCAACCUAAUUGAAGAUGAAAAUAUGGAGCCUGAGUUUACUCAAGGGGAGAAUAAACAGUCUUCUAUGAGCCGUCGCCAUGAGUUGGUUUCCAGUUUGCAGCAGUUAGGUGAAUAUGAAAGCUUGCUAACUCCUCCUCCAUCUAUUUCGUCAAUUGCAAAUCAGGCUGCUAUUAAAGCUAUAUUGUAUCUUUCUGGCCUCAGUAACAGCACUGGAUACUUCGAUUCUGUUAAUGUCUGUGAUGUUCCAAUUAACUGUGCUGGAAAUUUGCGCCAUUUGAUUGUUGAGGCUUGCAUUGCAAGAAAUUUGUUGGAUAACUCAGCAUAUGCAUGGCCUGGUUAUGUGAAUGCAUUGGUCAAUCAAAAACCUCGUGUAUCUGGACAAGUUACUGGUUGGUCAUCUUUAAUGAAAGGUUCCCCUCUUACCUCAGCAUUGGUGAAUGCUCUGGUUUCCAGUCCUGCCUCUAGUUUAGCAGAGGUAGAAAGAAUGUAUGAAAUUGCAAUUAAUGGGUCAGAUGAUGAGAAGAUAUCAGCUGCUACAGUUCUUUGUGGAUCUUCACUUCUCCGUGGUUGGAAUGUACAGGAGCACACAGUUCAAUUUAUUCUAAGGUUGCUGUCACCUUCCAUGCCAGCAGAAUAUUCUGGAAGUGAGAGUCAUUUGAUUAAUUAUGGACCUUUCCUGAAUGUACUUCUUGUUGGAAUAGCAACAUUGGACAUAGUACAGAUCUUUUCACUCCAUGGUUUGGUUCCACAUCUUGCUGGAGCAUUGAUGCCAAUCUGUGAGGCUUUUGGCUCUUGUCCACCAAAGAUCUUGUGGACCCGUACAACAGGGGAGGAAUUAAACGCUCAAGCAGUGUUCUCUAAUGCAUUUACUCUUCUUUUAAAGUUAUGGACUUUUGACCGUACUCAUAUUGAUCAAGCCUUGGGUGAUAUGCCAUCUGUGGCGUCCCAGCUAAGUCCAGAGUACCUUCUUCUAGUGAGAAACAGCCAAUUAGAAUCUCUAGCCAAUACAACGAUUGAUCAGAAUAGAGGCCAGAGAUUUUACAAAUUGCUCUCUGCCCCCUUCACAGAACCCAUUUUUAUGGAUUCUUUUCCCAGAUUAAAAUGUUGGUAUGGACAGCAUCAGGCUUGCAUUGCCUCCCCGCUUUCUGGUCUUAGGCCAGGUUCCCCUGUUCAUCAAAUUGUUGAGGAUCUCUUGAAUAUGCUUUUCAAAAAAAUGAAUAGAGGCACAACUUCUGGUAGUAGCAGUUCAUCUGGUGAAGAGGCAGUUCUACGGCUGCAGCUACCUGCGUGGGAUAUUCUAGAAGCUCUUCCCUUUGUAUUGGAUGCAGCUUUAACAGCAUGUGCCCAUGAUAAAUUAUCUCCACGUGAUUUAGCAACAGGGCUGAAGGAUCUUGCUGAUUUUUUCCCAGCUUCACUAGCAAGCAUAUUAAGCUAUUUUACAGCUGAAGUAACUAGAGGCGUUUGGAAACCAGCUUCUAUGAAUGGAACUGAUUGGCCAAGUCCUGCGGCUAAUUUAUCCUUGGUUGAACAACAAAUAAAUGAACUUCUGGCUGCCACUGGCAUCGAUGUCCCCAGUUUGGCUACAGUGGGUAGCUCUAUUCCUACGCUUCCACUACCAUUAGCUGCGCUGCUGAGUCUAACCAUAACCUACAAAAUUGACAAGGCCAAUGAACGUUAUUUGAACUUGGUUGGUAAGGGAGUGGUUUUACUGGCAGCUCGCUGUCCUUGGCCCUGCAUGCCUAUCGUAUCAGCUCUCUGGGCCCAAAAGGCCAAGCGCUGGAGUGACUUCCUUGUCUUUGCGGCGUCACGCUCUGUCUUCAACCUCAACAAUGAUGCUGUUGUGCAGCUUCUAAGGAGCUGUUUUUCCUCUGUCCUGGGGUUUAAUGCUUCCUCUAGAUGUAGGAAUGAAGGUGUAGGUGCUCUUCUUGGCCAUGGUUUGGUUUCCCGUUGCUCCAAUGGAAUGCCCCCAGUUGCCCCUGGUAUGUUCUAUCUCCAUGUAUCUCCGUUCAUUAGGAACAUCACUUUAGUGGCAGAAGAAGUUCUCUCAAUUCUGAUGACGUCAGUGAAAGGUAUUGCCAUUGGUGGCUUAUCUCCCGAGAGACUCCGGAAAUUGAAAAAAGUCAAGUCUGGAAUGCGAUACAGUCAGGUAUCUCUCGCUUCUGCGAUGAGACGUGUCAAACUUGCUGCUUCCGUCGGGGCUUCAUUUCUCUCGAUAUCUGGUGGGUCAAAUCUGCUGCAAACAUUGCUUAAAGAGAUCUUGCCUUCAUGGUUAAUUUCAAAUCAGAGAUCAGAUGACAUAGGAGAACCAGGGGGCGUUAUUGCCAUAUUAAGUGGCUAUGCAUUAGCUUACUUAGUCGUGCUUUACGGACUAUUUGCUUGGGGAAUCGAUACAGCAUCAUCCGGUUCAAAAUACCGAUCCAAGGUCCUAGCUUCUCAUCUUGAAUUUAUGGUUACUGCUCUUGAAGGAAAUAUCUCCCUUGGAUGCGAUUUGGCUACUUGGCAGGCUUAUGUUUCAGGUUUUUUGGGCUUGUUGGUUCGGUGUAUCCCUUCAUGGUUGCAGGAAAUUGACGUGAAUAUAUUAAAGAGCCUGAGUAAGGGUUUGCGGCAGUGUAAUGAAGAGGAAUUGGCGAUUGCAUUGAUGGGUGUUAGUGGCGUACAUGCAAUGGGUGCGGCUGCUGAGCUUAUAGGUCAGAGUGCUCAAUAGGUCCGUAUAGCUCUUUCCAUACAUAUUUCUCGUCUAGUAACUGUCUUGCAGUUUAACAACCUGAUAUAGAUUCCCUUCUAGAAAGACCCACUCUAACAGAUUGCUAUCAGCUCGUUUCUAUAUCAGCAAUAACCAAAUCGUUCACACAACUA